AUGUUCCCCGAGCCGAUGGCGGCGGUGUUCCUGCUUGAGGACUGAGGUCCCCGCUCCCCUCCCCAAGAAGUGCCCCGCUUACCCUAACACUUUUAAUGGUGUUUGUUUCGUGAACAAAUUUCUUAUUGGUCAAUAGUUAAUAUUAGUAUUCAUCCAGUGUCCCCCAAAAUCAACACAACAUUACAGCAAACCCUAGAAUUUAAAACCCAUUCAAAAUGGACGAUUACAAGAAGCUUAUAGAAGAAGCAUUCGGAGAGUCGUCGGAAGAUAGCGACGACGAUGAUCGUCUCCGGCAGCCGGAAGACUCAAACAUUUCCGGUGAAUCUGAAUUAGUGUUCGGUAAACUGCCUGAAUGGGAACGAAUCAGUGAAAUCAAAGGGUUAAGUUUAUGUAGAGAUUUCUUAACUCCUCAUCAACAAUCAACUUUACUAGCAUCAAUUCUACAACAAGAAGGAUGGUUCACUGAUUCAUCUCACAAUCAGGCUAUGAGGUUUGGUGAUCUUCCAGCAUGGGCGAAUGAACUUUCGACGUGUAUACGAGAGCUUAUCCAGUAUAGUAAUUACGAUCCUGAAUCAACGGACAUAACUAGUGAAAUGGACGGACAAGAUUGCAUAUUUCCUUCAACGCUACUAAACAGAGAGCCUCUCUUUAAUCAACUCAUUGCUAACUCAUACCAGCCAGGUGAGGGUAUUUGUGCGCAUGUUGACCUAAUGCGGUUUGAAGACGGAAUAGCCCUGGUCUCAUUAGAAUCAUCUUGUGUGAUGCAUUUCAGCCGUGUUGAAAACGAAGCUGUUACCGAUAGAAAACAACCCGAGCCCAAGAUCCCUGUGUACUUGACACCCGGAUCUUUACUCUUAAUAUCAGGUGAAGCGCGAUACCAGUGGAAGCAUGAAAUUAACCGCAAACCCGGUUUUCAGAUAUGGGAUGGCUUAGAAAUUGUGCAGAAAAGAAGAACUUCUAUUACAUUAAGGAGGCUCUGCAACAGUGAGUAGUACCCACCGCAAUCUGUAUGUUUUAGUUGUGCUGUGUUCUUUACAAAGUUUUACAUUAUAUAUAAAAUUGUAAGCUAUAUAUUUGAAAUUCUUGAUCCUAAAGUCAUCAUCAUCAUCAUA